CUUGCUUGAUAGAAGUUGCUGCAAAUGUUCUAACAUGAGGGAAGAGAGAGCGAGGAAAAGAGGAGUGUCCCCCCGUAGUCAGGCAAGCCGUGCAAGCGAGCGGUAGUUUAGCAGUAGCCCGUGCUCAGGGCCAGUUUCUGUGUCUACAGCACCAAAACUGACUGACGGCGUGUGACAUUAAUUUUAGUUUUGGCGAUUUUUUUUUUAUGUUUGUUUAUGAUUAUGUUUAUAUGUGAAUUUUUAGAUCCAAGGUGUCAAUGUUUAGACUGCAGAGGAUUGCUGGAUUCUUAUAUUGGUAGCUCUUAAGUGUAGAUUUAGUUUACAUCUAUGAAGAGACUGAGUAUUUUGUGUCGUUGAUCUUAUAAAAUUCGAAAGUUCCGAUUGACUGGUCUCAUUGAUUGAACACUCAACUGCGGCAUUGUUCUCCCGCUACUCUAGAUUCUAGAUUUACUGUACUGGACCUUAGCAGUCUUGGAUACAUUUGUCACUGUGUUGUUUCCUUUUUCAAUUUCAAACUACUGGAUGAAUUGAAGCUGUAACACUCUUCAAGUUAUGACCACAAUUUGUUUUAAACUUCAUACAGAAAUUUGUGUCAAAGGAAAUAGAGUUACAACAAACUUUGAAAAGACUUAGUGGAUUUAGAUUUCAAGGAAAUGUAAAGUUUUUGACUAUCCAAAACAUUUCCCAUGCAGGUCACUUUUGGAGAUAUUGAGAUGAUCUGCUAAUGGAUUAUAGCACAGUUCCUGUCAUUGAUGAAAGCAUAAUGAACCACUUGAUCCACAUAAUACACUUUUAAGAUGAAAAACUCAGAACUAGAUGGUCCAAGGAGGACUUUAUACGGUCUGUUACAUUUUGACCUUAAGUACUGCACAAGUGAUGCUAAAUGUCUAAAAAGUCUGGGAUUACUUGUGAUUCUACACACCAUAAGUCUGUUUCAUUCAGCACAUGGACUGGAUUUAGGAAAUUGUAUAAGUCCUUUAGGCAUGCAUUCCUACGAGAUACCAGACAAGGCUAUCACAGCCAGCUCCUCCUAUGAUAAAGCUUCAGUUGGACCUGAGAAUGCCAGAAUUCGUCAUGAAAAGAAAGGGGGAGCAUGGUGUCCAAGAAGACAAAUAGAAGAAAAUAUUUAUGAAUAUUUACAAAUAGAUCUUGGAAAAUUAAAGGUUAUUACCAAAGUGGAAACUCAAGGGCGAUUUGGGAAUGGACAGGGUAAAGAGUUUGUGACUCAGUAUGUUCUAGAAUACCAAAGAGAAGAUGAUGGCAGUUGGUUUAGAUUUAGGAGUAGGAACAACUCUGAAGAGAGAUUUAAAGGCAAUAUCAAUGUCUACCUGGCUGAGGUGAGGGAUGUUGACCCCCCAAUCAUUGCUAAAAGAAUCAGGUUCAUACCUUACAGUGAAAGUCCUAGAACUGUGUGUAUGCGUGUUGAAAUGUAUGGCUGCAACUGGAAUGAUUCCUUAGUUUCCUAUUCCAUGCCACAAGGAAACAAGCGUGGUGUUGAAGUAGAUUUCUAUGACUAUACUUAUGAUGGCGGUAGAGAGAAUGACUAUCUAAGCAAUGGACUUGGCCAACUAACAGAUGGAGCAUUGGGAGAAACCAACUUCAGACUGGAUCCUAAAAAGACUGGCAUCAAGGGUUAUGAGUGGGUUGGCUGGAAAGAUGAUACACUUUCUAAAAUACCCAUAUCUAUCAUUUUUAAAUUUGACUCAGUCAGAAAUUUUUCCCAGGUUGAUAUUCACACUAACAAUCAUUUUACCAGAGAUGUACGAGUGUUCCGCAGUGCUGAAAUAUUUUAUAGCAUUGGAGGAAAAUAUUAUUUACCUCACACAACCAAGAUCAACUAUGAGCGUGAUGACACUAUUGAAGAUGCUCGGUUUGUUCCUUUAAGAUUGCAGAACAAAAUUGGAAGAUAUGUAAAGAUAGACCUCUAUUUCCAGGCUCGAUGGAUCAUGAUCAGUGAAGUCUCCUUCAACUCUACUGAGGCUGUUGGAAACUUCAGUGAGGAGGAGCCACCUCCAACUACACCACAGCCCCCAACAACCACCACCAUGAAAAAAAAUGCUCACUUUGACAGUUUUGACCGUAUCAAUAGUAACUCCCAAUCAGAGAAGUUAGAUGGUGAUGGUGACACUGAAACUCUGUCUGCACAGGAGGAAGAUGAAGAAGGGGCUAAGACUAAGUUAGAGGAAGGAGCCAGUAAGAAAAGUAACAACUCUAAUGAUGCCCCAACUCUAGAACAAGAAAAAAAAGAAUAUGAUGAUGAAUACAUUAGCAUCAUUAUUGGAGCUCUAGCAGCACUCAUCUUCCUUUUACUUUGUGUGAUUCUUAUUUUCUUCUGUCGACACAAGCAUAGGAAAAAUAACAAUAAUAGACGCGGUCAUAAGCCAGUGACCACGAGCCAUGUGGCCAUUAAUUUAAAUGAUCUUAGGGCAAGCACCAAUGGAAAACUAUCCAAUGGGAACAUGUACAACAGUAUUGCUACAGAAGAAGCUGAUUCAGACCAUGAUGGUGUGGGCUGUUGUAAUGGUAGCAGUAGAGGCAGUGAAAAGUUUGCUUGGUCUGAGCCUAGAGACUAUGCUGUCCCUGACAUUACCAAGUCAGCUCUAGUGGUUAACCUACCACCCAGGGUAGCCACUGCACCCAAACAGCUGGCUCUUAUGGACAAACCACCAAAUUAUGAUGCACUGUAUGCUGCUGCAGAUAUUGUGAAUGUCCAUGGUGGAAGUGUGACCAACAUGCAAGGAGUUAGUGGGAAUAAUGUGUAUGCUGUGCCCAAUGCAGAGCUCCUGUGCAGUAUUGAUUACACUGUCAUGGAAUUAAGAAGAGAAGAUUUAAGAUUUGUUGAAGUACUUGGUGAAGGCCAGUUUGGUGAGGUGCACUUGUGUGAGGCUCUACAUGGGGAUGAUCUGUUAGUGGAUGAAUUUAUGUUGAAUAGAAAUCUGCCAAGAGCCCCACUCUUGGUGGCUGUUAAAAUGUUGAGACCCAAUGCUGAUGACAGAGCAAGAGCUGACUUCCAUAAAGAAAUCAAAAUAAUGUCCCAGUUAAAAGAUUUGAAUAUAGUUCGUGUCCUUGGAGUGUGUACCAGAGAAGAGCCACUGUGUAUGGUGGUGGAGUAUAUGAAGUACGGGGACUUGAACCAGUUCCUGUUGGACCAUGAAGCUGAACCUCCAGUGGCCCAGGCUUCCAGCAGUAAAACUCUGAGCUAUGGGUGUCUGAUCUACAUUGCUUCACAAAUAGCUUCUGGAAUGAAAUAUCUGGAGUCAUUAAACAUGGUACAUCGUGACCUAGCUACUCGUAAUUGCUUAGUAGGACAUCACUUUCUUAUUAAGAUUUCUGACUUUGGCAUGAGUCGAAGUUUGUAUAGCUCUGACUACUACAGGAUUGAGGGGCGAGCUGUUUUACCAAUACGCUGGAUGGCCUGGGAAAGUAUUCUUUUGGGUAAAUUUACAACCAAGAGUGAUGUCUGGUCUUUUGCUGUCACACUCUGGGAGAUCCUGACCUUUGCACGGGAGCAACCAUUUCUAGCUUUAACAGAUGAAGAAGUGAUAGAAAAUGCUGGCCACUGCUAUCGAGAUGACAACCUGCAGACAGUGCUCUCAAUGCCUGGAAAUUGUCCUAAAGAAAUCUAUGACUUAAUGUGUGAGUGUUGGAAUCGUCAGGAAAGUGUGAGGCCAACUUUCAGGGAGAUCCACAUGUUCCUCCAGAGAAAAAACAUGGGCUACAAUCCUGCAGAAGAAAAACUGGCUCAAAUCACAGUUCCUAUUUGUUAAGCAGUUGGAGCAGUUGGUUGUUCACUUCCAUUGCUCCACAAGUGUUUAGUCUCAGCUUUUGGUAGUCCUUGUUGUCUUGGUCACACCAGUCAUUCUUUUGCUUCUGCUUUGGGCCAACUCUAUGAAGCUGGGCUGUAGUCUUCUAGAUCUCUUCUCUAUUCAGUUUCUUAUUGGCAAGAGAGAUGGCAGAUACCACAGAAAGAGAGAGAACUGGAUGAAUUCCAAUACCAAGUCAGAGACAAUCAUGCUGAACUGAGGGAACAACUCCUGAAGGCAAGCAUGUUAUAUGGGGGUGUGGGUACUCAGUUUGAUCCAGAUAUUUCUACAAGAAUAAAAGUGAAAGUUGAAAUCAAUCAAGACAACACAAACAAACAUGAUUAUGUGGAGGAUUAAGCUUAGUACUCAAAGUGAUUUCCACUGUCCUGCUGUAAGGUGAUAGCAGCUGUACAACCACAUACAUCGACUCCAACUUACCUCAAAUAUACUCACUCUCUACUGGUAGAACUGCAGGGUCAAAGGUUAUUGAUCUAUACUUAAUAUCUACUGGUGGACUUCAAAUUUGAAAGGUCAUUGUAUCUUAACAUUUAUAUAUAUGGUGUACAUUUGACAAACUGAUCUGGAACUUUUUGACACUUUUACUGCAUUUAUUUUGUAUGUUAUUGUUUUAGAAUUUGACUUUUACUAUUGAUAUAACAAAUUUUUAUUUGCAACUAAAUGAAUAUGAUACAAGAUUAUAUAUAACGAAACAGAAAUCUGUCUCAAUUGAAAACCAUGUACUAAAAGUUCUAUUUUUUAAUGAUUGCUUCAGGACAUUUUGUUUACUACUGUAGUGUACAAUUUUUGUCAUGGUACACAAGAGAUUUCAGUUCUCACUAAGAUGUACAUUUUGUUGUCUACAAAAGCAUAGCUGUGUGAAGAUAAUAAUAAGUUGUGUGGAUAGAAGAAUAAGUUGUGUUGAUAGACUCAUUGGAAUAGCAGUGUAAUGGCUCUUUAUCUGGCUUGACUACAUUGUCUCAACUCAAAAUAUAGUAUUGAACAAACGUAUUCCAGAAAACCUAACCAUCAGAGCUGAAAAUAUGUUCUAGUAAGAAUCCUAAGAACUAAGUAUUUGUAACAAUCACAUGACCUCUCAGCAUUGGCACAUCUGUGUUGUCAUAAUGACAAUGUCAUUUGAUUACUGUUUUGAACUCAUUUGAAAAGCAACAUUACUUUCUGUGAUUGUCUUGCAUGGAAACAACAGAAAUACAAUUUCAUUUUAUCUCUGUGUGUUUCUUUUUUUUAACCUGUUUUAAUCUCAGUAUUGUCAAGAAGAAAGAUUUUUGAGCCCUCUUAUUUCUCUUUGAAUCUCACUUCCUCUAGGCAGUAGUCUAGAGGUGCUUAUUUCUAUUGUCAGUGUUGUUGAUACGUUGUAUCUUGCCAGAUUUUAUAUUUCUUUCUUGGUAUUAUAUUAAAAGAGAUAUUUUUUUAAAAUCCA